CAACCACCCAUUUCCCACGUUGCCUGUAGGAUAAGCCUACAUUUACCAGUUUGUUAAUUCAGCUGUGUCCAGGGUGGACAUGUCUGCAUCGUUAGUGGAUAGGCAUGGUUUCAAAUGCAUGCGCAAAACAAAAUAGCAAGCAGGCGGUACCACCUUCGAAUAUACAAGGCGUGCUUUGUCGGAACAGAUGCUGUUGAUUGGCUAAUACAAACUAGACACGCCCACACACGCGAUGAAGCAAUCGCGUCAAUGAGAAUUCUUCAAGAUCACCUUGUUAUACACCAUGUGUGUGACGAGCACGUGUUCAAAGACGAAUACUUGUUUUACCGUUUCCGGCGCGAUGACGAUUCGUACACGUGCUACAAAGAUCUCAAGUCUUUCUACCGAGGCCAGUGCCUCAGUCAGAGACUGCAUAAUAAAAGAGAGGUUCUCAGGGACAUCCACGCCAACGGUCAACUCUACAGAUCGUCCUUCCUGGGUUGCGAUCUCGUCGAGUGGUUAGUGGACAAUAACGAGGCCUUUUCCAGAGAGUAUGCCAUUAAAUACUGCAAAAAGCUCAUGGAAAACGAUAUCAUCAAACACGUGACCGAUGAUUUUCGUUUUCGAGAUGACCGGCUGAUUUACCAGUUCACAAUAGACUUCAGUCAACCUUAUCUUCUGUGCGAUAUCUCCCGAUUUAGGCGAACUCUCUCCGAAAGAAGUUCGUCUGGGACUGGCUCCGAUACAACAGAUACAGGCAUUAACCAAGAAAUUUCAACUUCUCAUUCUACGAUCUCAGAUGAUGAAUUCUGCACACCGUGCAAACCAAACAUCAAAGAUGAUGUCAGCAACUCGGAACAAAAAUCAGACACACAUAUCCAACAACCACAGUCAGUUUUAUUACGACAUAUGACUGCAGAAGAACUUGAAGAUCCCGACACGCCCUACGUGAAACACAAAGUACGGGUGUUCUGCGAUUCUGUUGGAUAUGGGUUUGUUAUACGGGGCGAAGGUCCUGUCUAUAUUCAGAUUGUCGACCCAGAAGGCCCCGCAGUCGCGGCGGGACUGAAGGUGCGACAGUAUCUUCAUUCCGUGAAUGGCGUGAAUGUGUUGAGGAAGGAUCACAGGACAGUAGCCAAAAUGAUUAUUGAGAAUCCUGGUUUUGUUAAUCUCGUCAUAAUGACCCACAAAAGAGACACGUUUUCAUAAUGUUCUCCUUUAGUCAUUAACCAAACUGCAUCAACAUUCAUCCUCUGUACGAUAUCUAUUAAGCGCAGACCAGAGUUACAUUUGUUGACACUGUAUUUAUAUACAUAUGUAUAUUAAAAAAUGUUAUGGUUCUGUGUAUCAUUGUAAACCACAUUAAUCGGCCAUAUAUGAAGUGAAAAAUAAAGUUUAAAAAAUCC